ACUCCAGUGUAAUUUACAACGUUUUUUAUUAUUCCAAUAUCAACUGCAAUGUUUUUAAACUUUUUCACUUAUCAAAGAAAGCUAUUUUAUUUUCGACUCCAUUUUAAUUUUUGAAAAUAAACGCCUUUUUGGCUCUUAAGCUGCGACACGCUUACCAACACUGCAGCGAUAGCGAUCCGCGAUAGAGAUUCGCGAUCGGAUUUGCAUAUCGUUAUCGACAAAGGACGCGCUUUUUUUUACUUUUCUGGUGAAAAAAGCAAUUUGCAAGUUAAAAUAUAAAAAUGCCGCAGGAAACGACGCCCCCCAAGGAUCACUCCAUCAGCAUACGAUCAGUGACGAUCAAGAAUUGCUUGAGCUGCGAUCAUGUAGAGGUCAAUUUCGCGCGUUCGGACAAUGUCCAUUUGAUUGUUUAUGAUGCCGUCGAAGGUUUGUCCAAGGAUGUGCCAGCUGUGACGCCAGUGGCCCAGGCUAUUCUACUCCUAUGCACACUCACCUAUCCGGAUCGCGACAGCUUGGACAACCUGCCGAGUCUUGUGUUGGGACAGGGAAUGGUUUCCCUUACCUUCGAGAGGCUGUCAUUGAACCCGGGUGGGGGAGCAAGGCAGGCACAGGAACCACCGGUAGAGGAUGAUCCAGAAAGUGAUCUGGACAUGGAACCCUCCACCUCACGGCAGGCCAUGGAGCGUCAGAGGCAGCGACAGGAACGCAAGGCUAAGAAACAGGCUGCCGCAGAACGCACCCGCGGUGGCGGUGACGGCGGCGUCUCCUCCACUUCCAAAGACAUCCAGGUGACCGUUACGCGACGCUUUGAUGUCUUCACCUCCAUGGAUAGCGUCUUCGUUCAGAUUAAUGGCGGCGAGACCGAUGAAAUGACCAUCAAGCGCUUCCACAAGGAGUUCUUUGUGCGUUCGCAGCAUUCGUUUAGCUUUUUGAAGCUUCUACACGACAAGUGCGCCGGCAACUGGCUGCAGGUCAUCCAGAGCGACAAUGAUGCCUACAGCGGCAUUAACCAACCCGAUAGCCCUUUUGAGACUUUCAUUAAGCUCUUUGAACGCGAGACCAUGGAGCCGCAGGAUGUGCUCUGCCGCCUGGCCACCAAGUAUCUGCAGGUGAACGAGACGGUGCGCCUCACCGAGCGCCGAUUCGUGCUGAACGUAUUCGACCAGGUUCGUCAGAUCUUUGAGUACAUUACGGUCCAGGAGUACUCCGUUUGGUUUUUGGUACCCAGCCGAAAGAGUUCCGAUGAGCAGCCGGUGAACCUCGAUGACUUCGAUUUGACCAAAGUGCGUACUUGCAUUCGUGCUGCUGGCGAUAAUGGCGAUAUAUACUGGAACCAAACCAAUCACAAUAUCAAGGAUAUACUCAUGGUAUCCUUCCAAUUGGCCUUGGCCUCGCAUGCCAAUCAGUCGGUGUUGGUUAUGAGUCACAUGAAUAUGCUUUCUGAAUUUGUUACAAUGCAGUAUGUGACUGCCAGCUUUAUGAACGAUAUCUAUGGCAAGAAUCCCUCGAGUCCUAAAUGGUAUUGUCAUCGCUACCUGCAGCGCAUCGUGGACAUGGCCCUAUUUAUGGGCACAAUUGUCAUUAUAGAGUAUCCCAGUGCCUUUACCUUGUUGAAAGGAGGUCGCAAGUUGAUCAAGUGCUUUCCGAAACAGAAAGAGGGUGUCGUUGGGGCCCUCGAAUGGGAGAUAUUCGAAGGGGUGGUCAAGGACGAUGAGUCCGAUAUACAAAUGAUCAAGCAGUCGCUCAAAAUAAACUAACUAACUGACACAUAAAUCUAUUAGCCUCGUUCCAAAAAAAAAAAAGCAUUUUUCCUGCCGCAAAUAUUUCCCUGCUCAUUUUCUAAUUACGCGUGCCACAAGCUGAACUCUGCCUCUGGCUGGAAAACUCAUUCUUCAGCUCCAUUUCAAUUAGGGUUUUGCCGGCUGUCAGUUUGAAUGCCACUGGUGGAAGAGUCGAGGGUCCUUGCUAGCGAAGCUCCACUAAAACCAGCAACUACAAUGGCUGUCAGACACGAGGCACGCGUCAUUUGCCGGGGCGAAAUGCAUUUUGCAGAAAACCAAGACCAUUUUUAGCUAAAAUCAACCGGCGACGACCCGGAGAAGUGGAAGAGCGAGGCAUCCUGAUGGAACGCUGACUGACGGACUUGAAUGAUUGGCGGUUGUUUUUGGGGGGGCAAAUCCUUGGGGCGCUGCUGGGGGAAUAUCAACCGAGAUGCAGUUGUGAACAGAGCCUUACCUACCUUAAGUUUUUAUUUUUUUCCUGAAAUUCUGCAUUUUUUUUAUGAAAUCUUAAUAAUGUCAUUGUGAGUUUGAUUCUUUAUUUGAAAUUAUGAAAUAUGAAUGUUUUCUUUCAACUUGUAUGGAAAAGUAUAUGAAAAAUGUAAACAAGAA